GGGAUGAUGAGGACUUUGGUGAUCACACUAGCAGGGCUCCUGCUCCUGUACCUCACCCCUGGGGGGCUGUGCCAGGGCUGUGCUGCUCCACGCACCCAUCUUCAACCCCACAUUGGUGUCACCUACACUGUUGUGGAUGGCGUGAACCAAUCCUUUAAUGACUCCAUCUGUGUCAUCGUGCCCCGGGACUCCUUCUUUUUCAAUGUGAUGGAUGUCGCCCAGAAGAGAUAUCCCACAAGAUUCAGCUUCACGUACACACUGAGUGUGUGGGGCGCAUACAUCACCUCCGUGCGGGGGCUGGAGGCCGAUAACAACCAGCACACCUACUGGCAGCUCCUGAGCAACGGCAUUCCACUGAAACUAGGUGCUGGGUGCUAUGCCGUCUCCCAUGGGGAGAGGCUGGAGGUCAGGUUCUCCACAUACUGA